AUGGAAGACACUGUAGGAAAGGUAAUAACGUGUAGGGCUGCUGUAGCAUGGAGUGUGAAACAGCCAUUAGUUAUAGAAACAAUAGAAGUCGAUCCACCAAAAGCUGGUGAAGUUAGAAUUCAGAUUUUGGCUACGGGAGUUUGUCGUACAGAUGCUUAUGCACUAGAUAGAUAUGAUCCUACUAAAGCGUAUCCUGUUAUAUUAGGACAUGAAGGUGGUGGAAUAGUUGAAAGUGUUGGUGAAGGAGUGAAGUCUGUGAAGCCAGGUGAUCAUGUUGUCCCGUUAUAUUAUCCACAGUGUUACGAGUGUAAAUUUUGCCGGAAUCCAAAAACAAACUUUUGUUCCAAGGUCAGAGCUACACAGAUGAAGGGGGUAAUGCCUGAUGGGACAACAAGAUUUAGAUGUAAAGGAAAACAGUUAUUUCAUUUUAUGGGUACCAGCACAUUUAGUGAAUAUACAGUUGUAGCAGAAGUUUCUGUAUGUAAGGUCGAUACCAAUGCUCCGUUAGAGAAAAUAUGUUUAUUGGGUUGUAGUAUAUCUACCGGCUAUGGUGCUGUAGUUAACACAGCUCGUGUAGAGCCUGGUUCAACAUGUGCUGUAUGGGGAUUAGGUGCUGUAGGGUUAGCUGUUAUUAUGGGAUGCAAGAAAGCUGGUGCUACUAGAAUUAUAGGUGUUGAUAUUAAUCCAGACAAAUUUGCAACAGCAAGAGAAUUUGGAACCACCGAAUGUAUAAACCCUAAGGAUUAUGAUCGGCCUAUUCAAGAAGUUAUUGCUGAAGCAACUAAUGAAGGGUGCGAUUUUGCUUUUGAGUGUAUUGGAAGUGUGGAUGCCAUGAGAGCCUGUAUCGAGGCAUGUCAUAAAGGAUGGGGCGUUUCAACAUUGCUUGGUAUGACAGCACCUGGAGCUGAACUUACUGCUAAACCAUACUCCAUAGUAACCGGUAUUACAUGUAAUGGAUCUGUUUUUGGAGGUUGGAAGAGUCGAGAUAGCCUACCGAAGCUAGUAGAUGAGUAUAUGAAGAAGGAAAUAAAAGUCGACGAAUUUGUUAGUUUCACCUUAACUCUUGAUAAAAUCAACGAAGGUUUUGAUUUGAUGAAAAGUGGGAAAAGCAUCAAGUCGGUGGUUAUCUUUUGAAAAAACAGUGAUUAAGAAUAUGAGUUGUAAUCAUUUUAAGUGUAGAAAGGCCAACAAGGAUCCAAAUUACUUCAUGAAGAUUUAAAUGGUCAAAAUGUUUGGAAUUGUAAAAAAUAUA